AUGAAAACUUGCACUGAUAAGAAAUCAACAUCCGUAGAUGAUCUUGGGGUGAACAGGUUUUUCUCUGUGUUAGAGAUUCCUUCAACUCCAGAAGAGAAAAAGACUUCUAAAAUUAGAACUAUCGAGAUACUUAAAAUAAACCCUCACUUGAGAAACAAGGAGCAAGUUCGAGAGCUAACAAGCUACCUAGAAGGGUUUGAAUAUUUUCGAGAGUACAUAAAUUCAGGGAAAAGAGAAGUCGUCCAUAAAUGCUCCAAACAGCUAAGGUGGAGGCAUUUCAGUAAAGGAGAUUACAUCAUGAAACAAGGGGAUUUUGCUCAAGAGUUCUAUAUAAUCCUUAAAGGGAAAAUUGGAGUUUAUUUAGAAGCCACUAGAAAUAUUGAAUGAACAUUUAGAGAGUUACUCCAGUUUAUUUAUCUCCAAAAAUGUCUUAUCCAAAGCAUCAAUGGAAAGCAUCCGAGUAAAUCUCUUCUCGAUUUUGCUAAAAUUGCAUUUGAAGAACCUAAGAUGAAUAAUGGAAUCCCUGAACUUCCUUUACGGUUACGAAAUUUAACCUAUGAAAGCUUGAGCCCGAGAAUGUCAGAAAUGAGUAUGAAAUUGUACGGGAAAGCAAAGGAGACCUAUGAAAUAGAAUUUCUUGUCCACCUCUCUGAACUCAAUCAUGGAAAGAUUUUUGGGGAAAUCGGGUUACUCGAAGGCAAGCCUAGAUCUGCUACCCUUAUUGCUUCUGAAGAUACAUGGUGAGCUGGUCUAACGAAAGAUUCUUUUGAGACAAUAUUGAAGAAAUUUGAACGAGACAAGAUCCUUUCUCUAAUCGAGGAUCUAGAUCAUUUCCUUAACUUCAAGUCACUCACUAGAGCUCAUAAAAUUAAACUUUUUAAAGGUAUAACACAGGUAGAAUUCACUCGUAACCAGAUAAUUUAUGACGAGGGUGACCCAUCUGACUGCCUUUAUUUCCUUCUAGAAGGAGAAUAUGAGAUAUCCAAGACUUUCACUGUCUCAAGUCACGAAGAGAAGGUUUCCAUAGAAUAUCACAAAAUGAAUCCUUCUACUGGUUUCACAGAUUUGCUAAUUGAGGAAAACACGGCUGAUUUUAUGAAGAAAAAUAAGAGCAUUUUUAAUAUUUCGAUUAAGAAAUCUCUAAAAAAUCUCCCUGAGGAUUGCAAAAGAGUAAAGAAAAGCCUCCGGAUUUGGCUUCUCAACAACAGAUGCAUCAUCGGCGAUGAAGAACUGAUAGUAGAAGAUAGAAAUAUGUAUAGUGAUAAUACUAGAAGUCAGAGGUUCUUCAAAGUUAGGUGAAUUUCAGACUCAGGAAAAGCUUUCAGAAUGAGUUAUGCUGAAUUUGAUAAACGCGUCAAGAAUAAGAAUACUUUAUCUUGUUGCUUACACUCUGUCAUGGAUAAGCUUAACUUGCUAGACAAGCGUAUUAAGAAAUUAGAUGUUUUAAAAUAAAUAUUAUGCUAAGAAACCACAGACAUCAAUUCAAGAAGUAGAAGCUAUUCAGGAAUCUAAAGAAGUAUUGAACAAUGAGAAUGAAAAAUUAUUUGUAAAAACUCUAAAAGGAAUCAUUCGAACACCCAGAAAUCGAAAUUCCUCAGCUGAACAAGGAGCAGAUCCUGAUAUACCAAUAACUUCGUACUAUAAACAGCUGAUUCUUGAUAAAAGACAGACCACGAACAGAUUUAAAAGACUCAUGGCUCAUAAAUCCCAAAAGAGAUUACACGAACCAUCGGAAAAGACUUCUAGAAGAGUGACCUUCAAACUUAAAGAAAAUGCUAAGCUUCUUAAUCCAAAAUAAGAUGACUACCAAGAAGAGAGCCUUGAGGAGUUCAUCAAGGAACAGUAAGAAUUACUCUCUCAAGAAGUCAUCAAAUAUUAUUUUCAAUGUCUCUCAAAAUGAUUUAAUGUUUGCUAAAUAACAAAUACCUCCGUAAGAUCAAAAAUUCCCCAAGAAGUUGCUUUCGGAGAAAACUAAAAGAGCACACUAAUGCCAGAAAGUUCGCCAUCCACUUCAACACAGGAGCAUGUUUCACCCCUCUCAAACCCGAACCUCACAGACCGACCAGAUCUCUUUUCCCCGGUAAUACCCCUACCUCCUUACCCCAGCCCCUAAAUCCUCUCCAUGAUCCUUCUCUUCCCACUUCUCUAACUAUCCUAAGCCAGUAUGCGACCUCACUUCUGCUCAGUGACCCCACAAAGUUUUCUUCUCAACUGGCUUUAGUAGGGGCAGUAUUCAUGUUUAAGAGAUUUACCUCGAUUUCUUUUAUAAUUCUCUAUAGAUAGUCAAGGAAAAACAAGGCAAAGCAAGAAGACAAGAUCAAGUUCAGCUACCAACAGUAUUGAUAACUUAGUAUUAAGAUUUGUACAGU